AUGUAUGCCUUCUACUCGCUCCUGGUCUACAUCUUUUACACCCUCUUUCGAAGGGAUGGGGAGGGAGCGGCUGCAGCAGCUCACACCGAGGACCCCUCGCAGGGUGCUGGCUCCCUCCCCACAAGUAGCCGCCGCCGCUGCCGCCGCCGACCACAACAAGAUCUCUGGACUGAGCUAAAUGGCCUAGACAGUUCCUCAGACCCAGACUCUGAGAAAGACAGGGAUGGGAAACAGGAGGCAACAGCUGAGGGAGCUGCAGGCAGCUCCCCAGAGGUCUCUCUGGAAGAAGCCAUCACCCACCUGGCUGAAUUCCUGUCUCUUCAGUUGGGGACAGGUGAAGGCUGGACAAGGUCUCUGGACCCAGACAAGGCUCCCCUGCUGCUGACACUGACUGGGCAGCUCCUGGCAGUGGUAGCCUGGCUGCAAGGGCCAGGUGAGAAUCGAACCCCAAGGCUCCAGCAUGGCCUCCAGCAUCAGCUUUCUGGAUCCCAGCAGACCAGGGCCCCAGCCCCUGCUACAACUCCAACUUCAUCUUCAGGAGGGCAGCCCUUAGCCCCAGAUGGCCUAAGGGUAGCCAUGAGGGGUGAGCCUAAGGGGCAAUCCCAGCAGAGGGAAGAGGAACAUAGAGACUGGCAGUGGCUGGAAGAGACCACCCUUGGGCAGAUAGAGGAAUUGAAGCAACAGCUAGAACACCAGGAGGAGGAACUGAGCCGACUUCGGCUAGGAGUGGGGGUAACAGACUCUGAGAAGCGGAUUCAGCACCUGACAUUGGAAAAUGAGGCCCUGAAACAGAGCCUGAGCCUUACCAGGGACCUGCUGCUCCAGUGGGGGCCUGGGACCCUUGUCCGGACUCCCUCCCCUGCCCAGGAGGAAGCAGAGGUCCUGGUGGAGCUUAGGAGUCGGCUGAGAGAAACUGAAGAGUCAACAGAGACCCUCAGGGCCCAGCUAGGGGUACAGGAAGGGCAGCUGUGGGAGCUUCAGGGGGCCCUCCAAGAGCUGCAGCUCGAGGCAGCUGCCCAGGAGUCUGAGCGAAGGAACAAGAGGGAGCUGAGGCAGAUCCUGAGCCAACUGGCAGGACUUCAAGGGCACAUAGUUGCCUUGCGCCGGGGCUGCGGAGACCUUCGAGGGCUGGUCAUUGCCUUUACCCAGAACUACCAGGGGGCUCUGAAGGAGGCCCAAGGACAGGUGUGCUGGGCCUUGGGGGAGCUGUCAGGCAGUCAGUGGGGAAGGAGAGUUCCUGAAAAGCGAAAGAAACCCAGAAGAGCCUAUCAGGGCCGACUGCUGGAGCUCAGAGGGAACAUCAGAGUGCUGUGCAGGCUGAAGCCAGGGAGCCCUGGGAACCUGCUGAAUGUGAACCCAGGUCCUGGGGGCACAAUCACUGCUAACUACCGAGGACGCCAGCGUCACUUCCGCCUAGACCGUGUAUUCCCACCUGAUGCCACCCAAGAGGAGGUGUUUAGGGAGCUAGAACCUGCUGUGCUGUCCUGUCUCCAAGGUUAUAGUGUCUGCAUUUUCACCUAUGGCCAAACUGGGACGGGCAAGACCUACAGCAUGGAGGGUCCUCCGGAGGACCCAGGCAUCGCCCCAAGAGCCCUGCAGUCACUCUUCCGGGAGAUGGGGGAACAGGGAGGGCCAGCACAGCCCCGUGUGACAGUCAGCAUGGUAGAGAUCUACAAUGAGGCUGUGAGGGAUCUCCUAGCCUCGGGACCCCCUGAGCGCCUUACAGUGCGUCAGGGACCAGAGGGCUGUGGAGGAAUCCAUGUGCCUGGCCUCACCUGCUGGGAUGUGUCUGAUUUAAGGGCUCUGCACAAGAUGCUGAAUCUGGGGAGGCGAAACCGAGCCACAGCUGCCACCCACAUGAAUGAGCACAGCUCUCGUUCCCAUGCCCUGGUCACCCUGACGCUGACCACUGCCCCCCCUCCUCAUGGCCCAGGAACUGCAGGGACGCUACACCUGGUGGACCUGGCAGGCUCUGAGCGGGUGUGGAAGGCAGUGAUGACGGAGUCCAGUGGCAGAGCUGGGGUCCGAGGCCGGAGGCUGCGGGAAGCACAGACCAUCAACCGCUCGCUGCUGGCCCUGGGCGGCGUGAUGGCGGCCCUCCGAGCACGCCAGCCCCACGUCCCCUUUCGAGACUCCCAGCUCACCCGGCUGCUGCAGCCCGCGCUGGGGCCGGGAGCCACAGCUGUAAUGCUGGUGCAGAUCUCACCUCGCCCAGAGGAUGUGGGGGAGACGGUGUGCUCCCUGAAGUUCGCUGAACGGGUGAGCCAAGUGGAGCUGGGACCCGCCCGUCGCCACAAGACCCCACCUUCGGGGACCCCGACGUCACCAAGCGCUGGGGGCACCCCUUCCUUGGGGACCCCUACUACACCUGGCCCUGAGGGGAUCUCCCCACAAGCAGAGCAGCCCUCUCCCUCUGGGGGACUCCCUCCUGUGUAA